CGACGAGUGCCGGUUUGUACAAGUAGUAUGAGGGAGUAGUGGUAAUAACGAUUAACGGCGUUCUUCAGAUCAUCCAACAACCAACAGUCGAUGCCCAAACUACAAACAACGAUAGCAACUAGUAACGACAACGGAAACGGACGACAGACAACACAGGCAGCCAUCAAGUGUCUUUGAGUAUUGUUGUUUUAAAAUUAUCCAGUAUUAUUAUUUUGUUUCUACGGCCAACGCGUCACCAUCAUGUCGACACAUGCGUCUGGGAAACUCAUCAUAGUGUCUAACAGGCUUCCGUUCGUUCUCAAAAAAAAUGAGCUAACGCUAAAAUGGGAAAGAAAAGCCAGUGCUGGCGGGUUAGUCACUGCUGUAGCACCUGUUGUGAUUCAAGGAAAUGGAAUAUGGAUUGGAUGGGCUGGUGUUCAUUUAGAGGAAGGUGAAAAGAUACCAGAAUCAGAUCCUAAUGAUAAAACACCUACUGCAGGAUUACUUUCUGAUAGAGUUAUACCGGUUGAUUUUGAUCCUCAAAUAUUUGAUAGUUAUUAUAACGGUUGCUGUAAUGGAACAUUUUGGCCACUAUUUCAUUCAAUGCCUGAUAGAGCACAAUUUUCUGCUGAUUCUUGGAAAUCAUAUUGUGUGGUCAAUAAAGAAUUUGCAUCAAAAACAGUAGGUGCCUUGGAAAAUUUAUCAAGAGUCGAUACAGAUUCUGGAACACCUCUUGUUUGGUUACAUGAUUAUCAUCUUAUGUUGGCUGCCAAUAGCAUAAGAAAUGUGGCAGAUGAAAAAAAUUUGAGAUUUAAAUUAGGAUUUUUCCUUCAUAUACCAUUUCCUCCAUGGGAUAUUUUUAGGUUGUUUCCAUGGGCUGAUGAAAUUCUUCAAGGAAUGUUGGGUUGUGAUAUGAUUGGUUUUCAUAUUGAAGACUAUUGUUUAAAUUUUGUGGAUUGCUGUCAGCGGAGAUUAGGUUGUCGAGUAGAUCGUAAAAAUUUACUAGUUGAACAUGGUGGUCGCACGGUACGUAUUCGUCCAUUGCCAAUUGGUAUACCAUUUGAUCGAUUUGUAGAAAUGGCCAAGCAAGCACCCACAGUUAUAAGUACAUCAUUACAAUUGGUGCUUGGUGUUGAUAGAUUGGAUUAUACUAAAGGAUUAGUACACAGACUUAAGGCUUUUGAAUUAUUAUUGGAACGAUAUCCACAGCAUAAGGGUAAAGUAGCACUUAUGCAAAUUGCUGUUCCAUCACGCACUGAUGUUAAGGAAUAUCAGGAUCUUAAAGAGGAAAUGGACCAGCUUGUUGGUCGAAUAAAUGGAAGAUUUUCAACUCCUAAUUGGUCACCAAUUAGAUAUAUUUAUGGGUGUGUCAAUCAAAAUGAUUUGGCAGCUUUCUAUCGUGACUCGGCUGUAGCUAUGGUUACACCACUUCGAGAUGGCAUGAAUUUAGUAGCCAAAGAGUUUGUUGCUUGUCAAAUUAAAGAACCUCCUGGUGUUCUUAUUGUAUCACCAUUUGCUGGAGCCGGUGAAAUGAUGAAUGAAGCUUUAAUUUGUAAUCCAUAUGAAUUAGUUGAGGCAGCUGAUACAUUGCACAGAGCAUUGACUAUGCCUGAAGAUGAAAGAGUGUUAAGAAUGCGGUGUUUGAGACGUAGAGAAAAAGUGCAUAAUGUUGAUUUUUGGAUGCGAUCAUUUCUUAAAGCAAUGGGAACUCUAAUAUUUGAAGACGGAGAUGAUGUUUUGCCAACUACUAUGCAACCAGUCACUUUACAAGACUUUGAUGAUUAUUUGUCUAAAUAUAUUGGUAACACAAACAAACUUACAUUAUUAUUGGAUUAUGAUGGUACACUAGCUCCAUUAGCUCCUCACCCAGACCUAGCUAUAUUACCUUUAGAAACUAAAGGUGUUCUAGAAAGAUUAGCUAAUAUGUCUGAUGUUUACAUAGCUAUUAUUUCUGGCAGAAAUGUUCACAAUGUUAAAGAUAUGGUUGGUAUUGAGGGUUUGACUUAUGCUGGUAAUCAUGGACUGGAAAUUCUUCAUCCAGAUGGGAGUAGGUUUAUGCAUCCAAUGCCUAUAGAAUAUGUAGAGAAAGUUGGUGAUCUAUUAAAAGUGCUUCAAGAAAAAGUUUGCAAAGACGGUGCUUGGGUAGAAAAUAAAGCACAACAUCUCAUUGAAGAAGCUGGAUUCAAGGCAGGUCAGGCUCAUUGUGCCAUUGAAGCCAAACCUCCAGUACAAUGGAAUAAAGGACGCGCAUCUUUGUAUAUAUUACGUUCAGCCUUUGGUUUAGAUUGGGGUGAACGGACACGCAUUAUUUAUGCAGGAGAUGAUGUAACUGAUGAAGAUGCAAUGCAGGCAUUAAAAGGUAUGGCAGCAACUUUCAGAGUAGCCCAGUCUCAAAUAGUUAAGACUUCAGCUGAACGUCGUUUGCCAAGCACAGAUUCUGUGUUAACUAUGUUGAAAUGGAUUGAAAGACAUUUUGGUAAACGACUGCCUCGUGAAAAUAGUGUUGGUAAUUUAAGCAAUAAUCUACAGAUGUCGUUGGGAGAAAUUGAAAUGGAGCUCAGUAUGCCAGAAGAAAAAUGUCCAUAAUAAACUCCCAAAUAUAUUUAUGUAUUAAAUCUUAAGUUAGAUAUUCCUCAUUCAAUUUCUUAUCUUUUAUAUUUUAAUAAACAGACAUAGCUAUAUUUAUAUUUAUUAAAAACACUUAAAUAGUAAUAAAUGAGUUGGCAUAUAGAAAAAGUGAAACCAAUUAUUGUUUUAAUAAAAAGAAAAAACCUUCUAGAAUAACAUACAAGGAAAACUUAAAUUAAAAAUAAUAUUAAACAUUGUACCAUCAA